UCCUCUCCUCCUGCGCUGCUGCCCCGACUGCCCUGCCGGGCCCCGAACUCGCUGGCGCGUGGGCGCGCGGCCCCUCGGCCCAAGGGGCUGGCGGCGCGGUUGGGACGAUGUGGCGCAUGCGUGGUGGCGCCACCAGGCGCGGGAGCUGCGGCGGAGGGGACAGCAGCGGGCAGGGCCGCCCGGGCCGCGUUCGCGGGGGAGGCGGCAGCGGGGGCUGGCGAGGCCGCGCGGGCGGCGCCCGACAGCAGCUGGAGGAGCGGUUCGCCGACUUGGCGGCGAGCCACCUAGAGGCCAUCCGCGCGCGGGACGAGCGGGACCGACAGAACGCGCGGCUGCGUGAGGAGAACGCCCGACUGCGGCUCGAGAACCGGCGGCUGAAGCGCGAGAACCGCAGCCUCUUCCGUCAGGCCUUGCGGCUCCCCGGCGAGGGUGGUGACGGGGCGUACGCGGAGGCGGCGAGGGCGACCCCGGGCCCCGAGGAGGCCAGCACGAACAGGAGGGCUAGGGGCGGCGGCCCCGAGGACGAGCAGGGCAGCCCCAGGGCCCUGAGAGCCCGGCUUGAGAAGCUGGAAGCCAUGUACCGCCGGGCCCUGUUGCAGUUGCACCUCGAACAGCGGGGGCCGCGCCCGCGUGGGGACAAGGAGGAGCCCUGUCCACGCAGAUCCGACUCAGGCCAGCGAACCCCGGAGCCCGAGCCCGAAGCCUCGGAACCCUUGCUGUAGCCCGAGGCCGCAGCCGGGGGGAGGCGGGGCUUCGCGCGGGCCCCUCCUCCUCCGUUCAUGGUUGCUCCCAGCUAGCGCGCGCCUGAGCCGCGCGCUCCCGCCUCCUGCCCGGCCCGGCCACUUCCGGGGGCGCGUCGCGUUCGGCCGGCAGAGGCUGAGAAGGGCGCGGGGCCGUUUGAGUCCCCAGUCCCCAAGUGUACAAAUUAACCUUUCCUUGGAGAGAGGCCAGGCGGCGGAGGGGCGGGUUUUAAAACAGCAAGAAAUGGGUGCCAGUCAACACGUCCUAAUGCCUGAAGUUUUCUGAGUGUUGUGAGGACCUGUGGUAUUUUUUCCCUCUGUUUUGGUUCUUUGAGGGAUGAAUAAUACAUUUUGAAUCUGUU